AUGGCGCAGUUCGUGCCUCGCCAAACAUUCCCCCACUAUGGGGCUAUUCCGAGGUCCUAUUUCCUGGGUCACCACCGCGCAGGACUGAGCAAGAUGAAGAGCAUGCUCUCGUCAAUUGACUACGUGGUAGAGUGUCGUGACUAUCGAGCUCCAGUGACAUCGAUCAAUCCCAUGUUCGAGGAAGCCCUGGGAAAGAUCCGGAGAUUAAUUGUCUACACAAAAAGAGACCUCGGGGCCAUUCCACAGUCUUCGGCGCAACGGCUUAUCGAAGACAAAAUGCGGAACCUUGACCCGAAUAGUCCUGUGUUCUUUAACAGCUCCUCCUCCCGCCCUGAUGUCGGCAAAAUCAUCAAACAUCUCCGGCAUGAAGCACAAGCCCCCGAUAAGCUCGUUGGAUGCCGAGUGAUGGUGGUGGGCAUGCCCAAUGUCGGGAAAUCAACCCUAAUCAAUCAUCUGAGGAACAGCGGGGUAGGGAAAGCAAAGGCUCUCAGAACUGGAGGCCAGCCGGGAAUCACGCGCAAGAUCGGGACCCCAGUGAAGAUCAUUGAAAGAGAAUCAGGGGCUCAUACAUACGUUCUAGACACGCCCGGUGUGUUCAUGCCUUACGUUGCAGAUGCGGAGAACAUGCUCAAGCUGGCACUCUGUGGCUGUGUCAAGGACGCGGUCAUCUCCCCCGUGACUCUCGUCGACUACUUGUUGUAUCAUAUCAACCUGCAUGAUGCGCAGGCGUAUCAGCGCUGGUCUGAACCUACAAACGAGGUGUGGCCGCUUCUGGAGAAGUUUGCUCGUCAAACUGGGCUACUCGGCAAGGGCGGGGUUCCGAAUUACGAUGGCGCUGCGAUCAGCUUUAUUCAGAAGUGGCGAGCAGGCGAGCUAGGUAGAUUCAUCCUCGAUGAUCUUGAUGCUGCACAACGGCGGAGGGAUGACCCUGACCCGGUGGAGCGCCUCAGCAUGACCCAGGCUCUCAAAGUUGAGCGAACGACUCGAAAGCAGAAAAUCGACGAGGAGAUCUCCAGUUAG